AACACUGAGCGAGAGCAGUCAGAAGGAGAAGCGACGAAACAAGCUUUUCGGCAACGGCACAGGAGAGCCAUUCAGAAGAGCCGGGGGUCAAAGGUGAAAAGAGCAGAGGGCACCAUGGAGAGUGAGCCAGGGGCCCCUGCUUCCACUGCCAGCAGUACCGGGACCACCGCAGCCACCACCCCGUCCACCACCAUUUCCUCCAGCACCACUGCUGUCAGCAGUAAUAGUACCUCUAAUACUACUACGACUACUACUAGUUCUACUACUUCCACUAGCAUUAGUAAUAGUAGUAGCAGCAGCAGUAGUAGUAGUAGUAGUAGUAGUAGUACUAACACUAGCAGUACUUCCAGCAGUAGUACUACAGCUGGAAGACCGGCAGUGCCUCAGAUAUCGGUUUACAGUGGAAUACCUGACCGUACAGUACAGGUAUUCCAGCAGGCAUUGCAUAGACAGCCCAACACAGCAGCACAGUACUUGCAGCAGAUGUAUGCAGCUCAGCAGCAGCAUCUGAUGCUGCAAACUGCAGCCCUCCAGCAGCAGCACAGCCUCAGCCUGGCUGCUGUACAGCAGGCCAGUAUCGCGGCUGGCCGGCAAAGCUCUUCACAAAAUGGCACUUCAUCUCAGCAAACAGGAUCUACUCAGGCUACGAUCAACCUGACCACGUCUCCAGCGGCAGCUCAGCUGAUCAGCCGAGCUCAGAAUAUUAGCUCAACCCCCACCACUAUUUCCCAGCAGGCUGUUCUGCUGGGCAGCCCAUCGAGCCCCACUCUUACACCCACCCAAGCACAGAUGUACCUGCGUGCACAGAUGGCCCAGGUACAGGUAGCGAGGAGCCUGGGUCGUGCUGUUCCUCUGUCCCCACAGCUCAUCUUUACCCCAGCUGCCACUGUGACGGCUGUGCAGUCAGACAGCUCUACGCAGGCCUCCUCACAGAAUCAGGUACAGAAUCUGGCCAUCCGUGGCCAGCAGGGGGCGACAACAUCCUCCUCUCAGACUCAGAUGCCACAGGCUCUCAGUCUGAAGCAGGCCCCUGUGCCUAUCCAGCCUGCGUCACUGAUCAAAAACCCAAGUCAAGGUACCCAGGCCUCAGCAGGGGGGAAGACCAGCUCCUUAGACAGUCCCUCUGAAGGAGGGAAGAAGGGGGACAGUGCAGCAGUCACAGAAGUCCGAGCUAUAAACAUGAGCCGCAGUGUCACCGCUGUGAAUGCUCAGCCUCUGCUUGCUCCAGCAUACACCCAGAUUCAGCCGCAUUCUCUGGUUCAGCAACACAAGCAGCAGCAGCAGUUUGUGGUUCAGCAGAGCCAAGGUUCCCAAAGGACGACGGGCCAGCUGCUGCAGACGGCCUCCGUUCAGCCGUCACAGCAUCCUGUCCCCGUGCUGCCCAAACCUGCUCCUCACCAGCCUUCUACACCGAGCCAGCAGGCUACCAUCUUCCACUCCACUAUCAGCCCACAUGCCCUUCACUCCUCCCUCAACCAUGCCAAAGCUCAGCCUGUCCAGCUCACUGCCAUCAACCUACAAAUCCAGCCAACGGCCUCCCGACUACUUCAGGACAGUAAAGAUAAGCCGACCUCACUGGUAGUCAGAGAGACAUGUCAGACCCCAUCCACACAGCAACAGCAACAACCACAACCACAACAGCAGCAACAGCAACCUGCAGCUUCUCCAUCCCAACCCUCCAAGCCUGUAGAGCAGUCCAAGGUUGACUUAGCCACACCAGCUGUUCAGCAGCAAGGUGGGGGUACAGCGAAGAGGCCGAGUGCAGCAGUGGGGACCCCACCUCCAGCCAUGACCUCAGGAAAUGAGAGCGAGGCGCCCACCGUGACGGGCAGCACGCCACAAAACGGAGAGAACAAACCACCUCAGGCCAUCGUCAAGCCCCAGGUCCUCACACAUGUCAUCGAAGGCUUUGUCAUCCAGGAAGGAGCUGAGCCGUUUCCCGUGUGUGUGGAGCGUCUGCCCAUUCUCAUCGAUAGUCCAAAGAAGCUGGACCAUCAGCUCUCAUCUGACCCGGACAAAACUCCGGUCAGCAACGCAGCCAACACAGACUCCGAGCCCGAGGACAUGAGCCAACCAGAAAAAGAUGAGCCCAAGCUGACGUGUGAAUACUGUGGCUGGGUUGAUUUUGCUUACACAUUCAAAGGCUCUAAAAGGUUCUGCUCGGUGGUUUGUGCAAAGAGAUACAACGUAGGCUGUACGAAGCGAAUUGGACUUUUCCGUCCAGAGAGGAACAAACCAGCAAAUCGCUGGCGUCGACGGUCUCAGGGCCGCCCCAGUAUUGAGGCAAAAAAGCAGAAGCUGGCCUUGUCACCACAGCAAACUCAGGGCGGUUCUGUAUCCUCACCACAUCCCUCCCAGCCCAGUCAGGAGGAAUCCAGCCCAUGUUCAGACAUGUCAAGCUACGAGGAGCCACCGUCUCCCAUGUCAGCAGCCAGCUCUGGACCUUUGGCUCCUGCCCCGGCUCCAGCCCAGGUCCCUGUCCGCCGUCAGCCGAGCAGGGCCUCGGACCAGGAGGCCUGCGUUGGGAGAGAUGGAGCACCGCUCUGUCAGCGCUUCGUACCCAACGACCCCACCAAAUGGAAUGUGGAGGAGGUUUAUGAGUUCAUUCGUUCACUACCAGGUUGCCAGGAGAUAGCAGACGAGUUUCGCUCUCAGGAAAUCGAUGGACAGGCCUUGCUCCUGUUAAAGGAGGACCACCUGAUGAGCACUAUGAACAUUAAGCUGGGACCUGCACUCAAGAUCUUUGCACGCAUCAACAUGCUCAAAGACUCUUAGCAGGAAACCGUGUGUGUGUAUGGGUGUGUCUGUUUGUGUGUAUUUGUAUAUUAUAGCACUGAUGGCACAGAGUACUGACUGCACUGUGAGCAGGCCUGCUCCAUUACUGGACUGGUUCCUGUCAUCCAGAAUCUCACUCAAGCUUGACUCGACCUCCCAAACCAGAUCAUACUCACCGGCAUCAGCUCAGUCGCCUUGUGACCAUUUAUGCUUCUGCUUGGUAACGUUAGAGUGACGUGUCAGACACUUCAGUCUGUGUUUACAUGCAGUCACAGGAGAAGCUUUUCAGUUGCUAAACCUUAAAGGAGCCUGUACAAAAGCUGUGCCAAAAUCGUUUAUUUUUCCAGAUGAAAAGAAAUUAUACUUUAAAAGUAUACAUGGUUGAAACAGCAGACGCAUAAGUUUCCACCUGGCAGUGCACCUGGUGAGUUCUUUCUGGGUUAAAAACAAAAAAACUAAAUGAGUUGAUGUGAGUAUAACUGUUAGUAGAAAAGACACCAGAUGUCAAAACUGGAGACAAGUUAAUAGCAAGCAGCAGCCUCUGGGGCUGAAAAAGCCAACGCACAAGUGCCAAAAACUGCAGUUUUUCUACAGUCGCUGGCUCUAAAAGCCAUUAAUCCCCCUUACCCAGUUUAUGCUUCCCGUUGUUGCCCUCGUUAACAGUGGUGCUGGCCAACAGUGACAUCACAAUUGCUGGCAAGCACGACACAUCAGUGUCAUGUAGGCUGGUGUGUACUAUCAUGCCACCAUUUCAGUGACACAGUCGUACAGAAGCUCGGAGAUUCUAGAGGGAUUUUUAAAGCAAGGCAGAUGCAGCAACAGCUUAAAAACAUGACUUUGCUGUAGCUUUGCAUCCUUUUUCUUCUUCUCCUAUACCAAUGCUCCUGUGAAGGAUUCUUCUUAAUAGGAGAUGAAUCUGAUGUGCGUCAAGCACCAGUAUAAAUGGGUACAGGGCUGUAAUGACGUCACGGUUGGUGUAACAAGCAAUUUGAGUAACAUAAGCUAGACUUGAGCAUUUUAACAUUGGGGUCUUAACUUUACUGUAUCAAUAAACAUGUCUGCAGCCCUGUACAAAAAAUGGUUUGGUCUUUCUGGAUAGAUUACACCUUCAAACAGCCUAAUUGUAUCUGAUAGCUCUUGGCGAAGCCUCCAUUCAGCUAAAUAGAGUCGCUAUAUUUAACUUCUCAACUGUGUUUGGUGCCUUUGGGAGCUUUUUUUAAUGCCGUUAUCUGACAUUUUAUAUGGUAUUAAAGCACUGCUGAACUUAUUAUCUGUGCAGGUAUCUGUACUAUAGAUGCAGCUUACAAACCAAGCUUGCCAGCAUUAACUGAUAGCACUCUUUGCUAUUGAACAAAUAGAUUCACCACAGCUCCAACACAACAUGGACAUAUAGCUCAAAGUUUAAAGUGCCAGUCCAUAAGUUGAUAAGUGAUGUUGCACUACAUCCAUCAAUUACAUAAUCUGCUUUAACAGACGAUGGGGGAAAACACCUCUAUAAUGUCAGCUUUUCAAGCUGGGGAAUGAUAAUCUUCUAUUACAUGUGUAAUCUGUUAAGCUGUGAUCACAGUGCAGGAGAAUUAAGAUAACAAGAGUGUCCUUUUAGUACCAGAUGUAACAGCAAUUAUCAAAUGUCAUUAAGCAGAUUCCAGAUGAAGAUACUGAUCCUGUGAUAAUUGCAGAAAAAUGAAGUGUUAUGUUUUCCCUGGAGAGGGUUUUUUUUGUUUUGUUUGUUUUUUAAAGUCUCUAAAAGCUUAACUGAGGGAAAAUGUGGCUACGAGAAGAGACAGUGCCAAGGUGCAUUACCUGUUCAGUUAUGAUUGGGCCAGGUCACACUGCAGCACAGUCAGUGCUGAAUGGAGGCAUUGGGACAAAACAUGAGAGAAGUCUCGAUUUAUUAUAUUAUUAGACAAGUUUUUGUACAGUUUGGUUAGCGUGUGAAUGAGAGCGAGGUGGCUGUACGUGCGGCUGGGAACAGAAGAUUGCAUUCAUUAAUUUGCCCAUUUUUAUUCACUUGAUGCUCCUUUGCCUUUUCUCACAAUGGACUCUCACAGCUCUCGAAUACAAAGCUUGAAUGCGAAGAAACCAUUUAAGCAGCCUCUUUUGUGACAUCGAUUUUUCCCUUCCAUCUGCCAGUUUUCUCCUCUGAACUUACACUGCUUACAAAUGAUUUUUUUUCAGCUGCUCUUUUUUUUUGUUGUUGUUAAAGAUUUACUAAAAUAUGAUAUUGAUUUCUUGUAUGAGAUUUGUAAAAGUACACUAAAUUAUCAAAGAAAAAAUGUGGGUACGCUGCUCUCUUUUUGUAGCAGCUCUGUUUUUGGCACUUAUUCUCUCUUUUGCUUUAAUGUUGGGGAAACGCUUCACCUAAAAGUGAGAAAUCUGGAGUGGCAUUUGUGAAGCGGUGCCAAAAAAAAAGUUUAUAUGUGCAUCAAAGCUCAAGUGAGGAAGAAGAGUGUGAAUCUGUUAAGUUAUCAUUUUGCUUUUUUAACAAAAGUAUAAAAGGUGUUUGAUAUUUUGAAAUAUGCAAAUGUAUAAAGUACCAUUGGCUUGGGAAUUUUGGGUUUGUUUGUUUGUUUUCUAUGGGGGAAAAAACGUUCAUAUUUACUUGUUUUGUGGGCGAGUUUGGAAAGUUGACCUUUUUUUUUGAUACUGCUUUGUUUAAAUGCUUGUAUUUAUCAAAACUGUUUGUUACACAUUUUGCAGUCAUAAAUAAUUU